GUUUUUUUAAUAUUUAACGUUAUCUUUUUCUUUGCCCCAAUAGCGUAUUUAAACUUUUCUUUUUUACUUAUUUAGCAAAUUUUGCUUAAUAGCAUAUUUAAACUGUUCAUUUUUGUUUAAGUAUGGAGCAUGGAGAAUAUUUUGUCACACUUAAAGAAAUAAUAGAUACGACUGAAAAUUCACAUUUACAAAAAGAUAGAAAUUUGUCAAUUUUUUCCAUAAUAAGAAAGAUUAAUAGCUUUCAACAUAAGAAAAAUUAAUGAUAGUGUUACUUUCGUGAACUUAAACGUAGAUGAUUUCGUUCGUGUCUCACCGUAUUCUUAUUUCUUAUCUUAUCAUUUGUUCUUUAUGAAAAUACAUAAGAUUGCUUCAUUUUCAAUACAAACGUCAUCAAUGAUCGUUAACCAUCAUUAGUGAUAAAAAUUAUAAUGUUUUAAUACGGUUUUGAGCCCAUUUAUUCUGUAUUUCAGUAAAAGUAAGCAUAUCCAGAAGUUUUGUCACUUUGCUUGCAAACCGUUGUGGUUGCUUCAAAAAAUGCUCGUUAAAUGAUCCGCUAUAAGUGUAACAUAUAAAUUUAUGUUACAUAUAAUUUGUCAUAUAAUUUGUAUGAACGAUAAGGAUUGUAUUUCGAGUUAGUUUGUUUCCUUGUUCGAACUGCAUAAAAUUGUGUCGACAAUCCUCAACGGUGUCAAAUAUUUCAUGGUGUAGCAAAAAGCGAAUUGAAAGACAACUUCACACGUGUAUUUCGAUUAUCAUAAUGUAACAUGUUGAAGUCCCGCCGAUAUUACCGUUUGACGUGGAUGAUAACGUGUCACAUUUACAAAUAUGUACUUUAUGUAGUAGGUUGUCCGGAAAGUUCGUGCCGAUUUUGUCAUUACGUUACCUACCACAAAUUGGCACGAACUUUCCGGACAAACCAAUAUUAUUAAAUUCAUACGCGGACAAUAGCCAAAUUGAGUGAACGAAUAACGAAAAUGGCUUAUUAAAUAUCUUCAAUAAAAUUAAGGAACAUAAAAUAUUAGCAUUAUCGUUAUACGUUGACAUCGUCUUUGUCGUAAUCUUAUACCUAACCUUAAUUAAAAAGCAAUGCUUAUGAUCAAACGUAAUUUUGCAAUGGUAGUGAGAGAAAGAAAUAAUGCAAUGUAUAUUCCUCCUUCUCUUCCUUCUACUUUGCAUUUCGAGCUAUGCACUGAUUGCGAGAUUUCGUCGAAGGGAGCGAGAAGAUUAUUUUUCGGUAGAUGAAGAUGAUGCCACAGUUUAUAGGAUCAGUCUUUUAUUGUGUACCGUUGCUUUAGCAGUAUCUAUUGGAGCAACGUUGUUACUACCUGUGUCCAUCGCUAGCAAUGAGGUUCUCAUAUUGUAUCCUAAUAGCUAUUACGUCAAGUGGCUUAAUAGUUCUCUCAUACAAGGACUUUGGAACCAUGUUUUCCUCUUUUCCAAUUUAUCUCUCUUCGUGUUUUUACCAUUCGCCUAUUUAUUCACAGAAUCGGAAGGAUUUGUCUGUUAUAAAAAGGGUGUUAUGGCUAGAGUAUAUGAAACUGUAACAGUUUUGUGCCUAUUGGGGACACUCGUGUUGGGAAUGGUUUAUGUUUUGUCUGCUCUCAUAGAUUAUCAGAAAUCUAGUCUCCAUACAUUAUUGAAUAUAUGGAGCUAUUAUUUACCUUUUCUCUACUCUUGUGUCUCUUUCGUGGGUGUAAUGUUGCUAUUAUUAUGUACCCCAGUUGGAUUUGUGCGAUUAUUCGGUGUUGUGGGCUCGUUUCUCGUAAAACCUCAGUUCCUAAAAAAUUUGGACGAAGAAUUUUUUGCUUAUAGAUUAGAGGAGGAUUGCAUUAGAAGAAGACUGCAACACGCAAAAGCAACAGGUAAAUCGUAUGUUUCGCCAGUACCUAUGUCCUUACCAGGUUGUAAUGCAACGGUCGAAGACGACGAACUUCUUAAUCUGAGUCCUGGAUUAAUGUGCCUCAGAAAUGGGGCUCUUCAACGUGGACUGGCCCAGAGAUUAGAAGAUGUUCAAAAGAAAAGAAACAUUUUAGACGAACAGAGACGGACCUGGUGGGUACGAAGAACACUACUUUAUCCUUUGGCAAUGAUCGCUCUACUUAUUCUCUCCACUGCCACGGCCUUAUUAGCGGUUCAGAAUACCUUGGAACUUCUUAUCGGUAUUAAAGCUCUACCAUUAAGUACGAGGCAAUUCACACUGGGCAUCAGUUCGUUGUCGAAACUCGGACCUAUCGGAGCUACCGUUGAAGUCUCAGUGAUACUUUACCUAGCUGCAACGAGUGCGAUUGGACUUUAUUCGCUUCCAGGAGUGAGAAGGGUACAACCACGACUUCGUUCUACUCCACUUACGCAUCUCAUCGCCAAUUGCGUUCUUUUACUUGUACUCAGUUCGGCAUUACCAUUGCUUUCUCGAAUAUUAGGAAUGACGAAUUUUGAUCUGCUGGGAGACUUUGGUCGUAUAGAAUGGCUUGGCAACUUUAAACUCGUAUUCUUGUAUAACUUAAUUUUUGCUACGGCGGCAAUCAGUUGCUUAGUUACGAAAUUUACAGCAACCGUAAGAAAAGAAAUUUAUGCCAGAUUGAGGAGUAGUUUCGUAGGCAUAUUUAAAGGAGAAUGCAAAAAGAAUUCAUUGGCAAUGUUUUCUACAAAGGAAGAAUAGACUGAUAUAUCGUGAGGAAGAAACAACAGAAUUAUUCAUUGCUUACUAGGAAGCAAAAAGCAGUGAUAUAACGAUAAAAAAAAUUUUUUCUUGAUUUGUUUAAUCGUAUAAAAUUAUGUAAUAUCGAGAAUUUUUAAAGGAAAGACUUUAAUUAUUUGCACUGAUUGCAAUCAAAAUGUUAGAUUCUAACGGCGUGUAUCAUCUCUUGUUUAUUCUUUUAAAAUUUCUCCGUCAGGACAAAAAAGUAAACGUGCGAGGUUGAUUAAAAUAAAUAAUAUAAUUCUGAUAUUGAAUAUAGUACUAGCGAUUAUUUAUCAUAUAAUUACUAUUCUAAUUAUUAUUUAUCUUGAAGCAUAAUAUACGCGUCUAUCUUACGAGUGUUUAAUAAAAAUAAAUCGGAGGUAGUCACGACAAUGACAAGACAGUAUUAUGAUAAAGACAAAAUAGACGUAUCAAAUGGAUGCGUGAACUUUUGAUGGCAUAUUGCGUAUUCGGCUUUAUCGUAACUUACUUCAAAAAUUCCGCAGACAAUCUUUUUUCUAUCAAAUGGUUCGUUGAGGGAAAAUUUUUUUUUCUGUUUAUAGCAUGAAAUUCUAACCUUUAUAAUUUAAAUUUCUCUUAUAUAGCAGAAAAUAGUUAAAAUUUUACUCGCCCAUUGCCAAAAUUUACAGGUAAAUGCAUUUCAAUUGAUUUUGUACGAACAUUUAUUUAUUGCAAUGCAUUUCACAAAAAUGUUCUCGUCACUAUUUUUGUUUAUCGUGAAAUUGCCUUGUUAUAAAAGAAAUAGAUAUGUGAUGGAAAUGAAUAAUUAAUAAGACAAAAAAUAGGAGGAUAUUGAAAAAGUAAUGAUACUUCUUAAUGAGUCUUUCGUUGUCCUUCGAUAAAAUAAUAAAUUAACAACAUGCAUUUUAAUGCAUAUAGACAGACUGUAUGCAAUGCUUUAAAGUUAAUGGAGAGGAGGUAAUAAAUAUUAUUUAUCUUGCUUAUAAAAAUAAAUGGAAUCGACUCAAUAUUUAUCAAAAUGCAAAUCUUUAAGUAAAUAUGUAUUUUUACACGUGAAAGCUUUAGACCCUCUGUAUCCAUGACUAUUUAGCAUCUGUAUUAGUGCUAGGUAAAUUUCUUAGAUUUUUUGCAGCAAUAUUAUGUGAUAAUACAUUUCGUCAAGAAGACAAUACAAUAUUAAGAUGUGCACUGGCACUAACAUACUCAUGAUAUUUUUUAUAUAUUACGUAUAUAGGAUAUAAUUUCUCAGGAUAUAAAGUGUACUGUUUUACACUUAUGUUAUACAUUCUUCAAGUGAUGUCAUGAAAUUCUUGCUUAUUUUUACGACAAAUUAAUUUGUCAAACUGAAGUGUUUUAUUGGCAUCAUUGACUUAAAAAUAUUAUAUUAUAUUUUUCUCGAAAGACAUCGUUCAUGUACGUGUGUGUGUAUGUGUGUGCGCGCGCGUGAUGUGUAUAAAAUUCGCGCUGAUAAAAAAUCUGUAAUAUACUUAAUAUCUAGGAAAUCCUACGAACGCGUUAUUGUAUAUGUAACAUUUUUUUUAUAUUAUGGGAUAAAAGUUUUUAUAAACGUUAUAAUACUUUAUCCGCCGAUAUUAUCUGUAUCAUAGUUAAAAAUAUGUAAAUAAUGUUAUUUAUUCUUGUGUAUGUACACUUGCACAUACAAUUUUGUGAAAACAAA